UUUACUGUUGAAAAGCGACAACGUUAGAUACGACGCAAGAUGGAUAGUGCUGACAAGUUCUUUCGAGAAUCGCAUUACAAUAUUAUUCGCGUUUUACUGAGUAUCACCGGUCUGUGGCCAUUUCACAGUGUAACAACACGCUGCGCGAUUUACAUCGGAUUUUUAUUGGUGGUCGGAUCUGGUUUGAUGUUCCAGGUAAUGGGUAUGAUCCAGAUUUGGCCGGAUAUUUUUGAAGUGCUCGAUUGCUUACCGUUAUUAUUUUAUGCUAUAAUUGCCAUAAUAAAAGCGAUCUGCAUGAUAUAUAGCAUACCUAAGAUCAAGAUUCUUUUGAUCAAGAUGAAAAAAUAUUGGCAGUCACCAAAGUCCGACAGAGAGAUGAAAAUUCUUCAAUCUUAUGCAAUUUAUGGGGAAAAAUUUGGCUACGUGUAUACAGGUAUCAUGUUCAGUCAUUCCGCUCUUUACCUAUUUAUGACUACGUUAAAGAAAUUUGUAUAUACACAAUUCAAUGAGGAAUCCGAAGCGUCGAGCAAAAUUCAAAACGCUCAAGAGGGAGUACCUUAUCGCGUUAAUUACAUGGUGGAUAUCAAUACGUAUUACAUCCCGAUUCUCUUACACACGGCCACGUGUGAAGUAUUAUAUCUGUUUUUAAUUAUCUCACAAGAUGUGUUAUAUCUAACAUUUGUGCAACAUUGCUGCAGCCUGCUCGCAGCUUUGAGAUAUCUUUUAGAAGAUACAUUCGAAUUUAAGGACGAUGGCGAUGAUCCGGUGAAGGCAAUUGCAAAUAGUAAUAGAUGUUAUGCAAAUAUCGUCUACAGUAUUCAAAGACAUACCGAGGCGAUUCAAUUUAUAGAUAUUAUGGAGUCAUUAUUUACGCUACCUCUCUUUCUACAUUUGGGUUGUGUUAUCUCUAUUAUAAGCGUCGUAGGAUUCCAGGUGAUAAGGAAUGCCAAAGAUGUUGCUGUUCUUACGCGACAUGGCAUUUAUUUUUGCGGAGCAGUUAUAAACGCGUUUUUUGAGAAUUGGCAAGGUCAGAAAAUCAUAGAUUACAGUGAAAAGGUGUAUGAAUACGCAUAUAAUGUGCAAUGGUAUGACAUGCCAAAUGCAACAAAGAAGCUUCUAAUAUUGAUCAUGUUAAGAAGCAUAAAGCCGUCUCAGAUAACGGCCGGCAAAGUCAUUGUAAUGUCGUAUUUGAAUUUCAACGCGGUAAUGCGAGCAUCAUCCUCAUACUUAAUGCUACUACGAUCUAUGCAGUAAAAAGUUUCGAGCAUAAUCGAGGAUAUUUAUCACACAGGAUGUUAUGUGUACUACGAUUUAACAACAGUUAACUCAUAUAUUAGUAAAUACCUAUAGCGUUAUGUAUGUAUUAUUUGUGCUUUUAAAUAAGAUUUGUAUAUUAUUAAGUAAAAAAUCUAUCUAAAGUGAUAUGUUUAGAAUAUACAUUACCAAAGAUACAUAAAUAAGAAUGACAUAUUAAUCUGUACGAAUGUGUAUACCUAGAUUGGAGAAAUGAAAAAAUAUGUGA